CGGGGAUGCAUCGCGGGUCGGCCCGGCCUUUUUGGUUUCCCCAGUUGGCAUCCCCUGCCAGCAUAGCCGAGUUGCUGCCGUUCACGUGACCACAACGGGCGCAAACUGGUUGUGGACGGUCGUUUUGCAGGGUGAGCUAUUUAUGGAUGAAACAGUCUCUUUGGUCGAGCACUCUUUCAUGCUCUGCUGUCCACUCAAAACUCGAACGCUGGCUUCCUCCACAACGGUCAACAGCUGGCUUCCUCCUCCCCCCACAUAGACACACACUGUUCACAAGUUCCCAACAUUCUGAUCGAAUCGUAAAAAACCAAAGUUGCAAUCCAACCAACCUCCCCAUGUCUCAAGUCCAGACUCCACCAGGCGUGACCAUCACCUGCGCGGUCGAAGCUGGCCAUCUGGCCAUCUUGACGCCCGAUGCCCUCAAGUUCCUGGCCACCUUGCAUCGCUACUUUGAGCCCACCCGUCGUUCCCUUCUCCAACGUCGUCAACUCGAACAGGCCCGAUUGGAUGCCGGUGGUCUCCCAAACUUCCACUCGGAAACCAAAUGGAUCAGAGACAAUCUUGCUUGGCAAGCUGCCAGCCCAGCCCCUGGUUUGCAAGAUCGUCGGGUUGAAAUCACCGGACCGGUGGACCGUAAGAUGGUCAUCAAUGCGCUCAACUCAGGCGCUGCUACCUUCAUGGCAGACUUCGAAGACUCGCAUGCUCCAACUUGGCUCAACAAUCUUGACGGUCAGAUCAACAUGAGAGAUGCCGUUCGAAGACAAAUCUCAUUCAAAGCCCCCAAUGGGAAGGAUUAUAAACUCAACGAUCGUAUCGCCACUUUGAUCGUCCGAGCUCGGGGUUGGCAUCUAGAUGAACCGCAUCUGCUGGUUGACGGUCAACCCAUCAGUGGUGGUAUCUUUGACUUCGGACUUUACUUUUUCCAUAAUGCCAAGGAGUGCAUCAAGAUGGGCUUUGGUCCUUACUUUUACCUCCCCAAAAUGGAGCACUACCUCGAGGCGAGAUUAUGGAAUGAUAUUUUCAAAGUUUCCCAGGACUAUAUUCACAUGCCACGUGGGACGAUUCGCGCCACUUGCUUGAUUGAAACUAUUCCUGCCGCAUUCCAAAUGGAUGAGUUCAUUUUCGAGCUCAAAGAACAUUCGUCUGGUCUUAAUUGUGGACGAUGGGACUACAUUUUCUCCUUCAUCAAAAAAAUGCGCCACAAUCCUCAAUUUGUACUCCCGGAUCGUUCUGAUGUCACGAUGACCGUCCCGUUCAUGGACGCCUAUGUUCGUCUCCUGAUCAAAACUUGUCAUUCCAGAGGCGUUGCUGCCAUGGGAGGAAUGAGUGCGCAGAUUCCCAUCAAAGACAAUCCUAAAGCAAACGAAGCGGCUAUCAACAAAGUCAAGGCGGACAAAUUGAGAGAGGUUAAGGCUGGGCACGAUGGAACAUGGGUCGCUCAUCCUGCUUUGGUGAAAGUAGCCCUUGACAUUUUCAAUGAAAACAUGGUUGGACCCAACCAAUAUCACGUGCGUCGCUCAGAAGUGCAAGUGACUGCCCUCGAUUUACUCAACACGAAUGUACCCGGAAAAAUCACCGAGCACGGUAUCCGCGAGAACAUAUCUGCCGCCUUACAAUACUGUGCCAAUUGGAUCACUGGGGUUGGUUGUGUGCCGAUUGCGAAUCUGAUGGAAGACGCUGCUACUGCAGAAAUAGCGCGUCUUCAAAUAUGGCAGUGGGUUCGACAUGGUUCUAUGACCGAUGCCCACAAAAAAAUCACUGCCGAGUGGAUCGAUCAAAUCUUGGAGGAAGAAACUGCUCAAGCCAAGAAGACGACCGCCAAGGGAUUAAAUCCAGCCAAAGUCGAUAUAGCACAGCGCUAUUUGAGUUCGCAAGCGCAUGCACCAGUUCCUGAUGAUUUUCUGACUAGUGCGCUCAUGACCAGUUUGGAUGAUAUGGCUGCCCCAAACCGACCAAAACUGUAAAUAAAAAAAAGUAUUCGCGUCCUUCAAAUAUACUAUCGAGCUUGACUACAGGAGAGAGAGCGGAGCAGUUCUUAAGGUUCACAGCUCAAGUUGAUCUCCGCGUGGGAAGUUUCAUUUGUAAUAGUUAAUUUGUCUCUUCAUCCCUUCAGCCGUUUUCGACUUGAUCUUUCCAAUCAUUUCAGUCAGCUCAAGUAUGAUAGGCUCGUUUAUUGAGUUUUUGCAUUUUUUAUCUAUUUGUUUGAAACUCUAGCAUUGUAAGCUAAAUAGAUGUACCCGCCAUUAUCACUUUGAUAUGUAUACUAUUAUUGUUCAUUUAGGUUAUGCAGUACGAUUACCGUCCCUCUUGCUUUUAGCCAUUUGCCCAAAGGGUAGACAUGGAAUAGGGAAAGUUU